UGCAGACUUCCGGAAUCGAUGACGUCAUCGCCAAAAAAUUUAACAAGAAACAAGUCAGCUGCGGUGUUGGUUCUGUGGUUCCAGAUAAGGAGGUUUUUAUUUGGGGUUUGGUGGAACAGACGGUUCUCUAAGGAGAGAGAGAGAGAGAAAGAGAGAGAGAUAGAGAGAGAGGCAGAGAGAGAGAGAGAGAGACACUGAGCAGCUGCUGAAGAAAUGAAUGACCUACUGUUGCAGAUCUUCUUCUCCUAGUGUCUACUUUCCUACACGGCCCGCAUUCCUCUCCACAAACUUCUCAGGAGAUGGUUCCACUAAGAAGAUCAGUGGAGGAGACUGUUUGAAGGUGAGGAGCGAGAAAUCGGGAGAGAUCGUAUGUGUGAACAUGGCGUCUCCUGGAAGCUCCAACACUCAGAGAACCUCAGAGUCUGAUGUUCUCCACACAGGAGACGCUGAAACCUCCUGCACAGAAACGCAGAAAGACACGAGCACAAGGACUCAUCAAUGUUCAGACUGCGGGAAGAGCUUCAAUCGGCUCAGUUACCUCAAAACGCACCAGCGCGUUCACACCGGAGAGAAGCCGUAUCAGUGCUCCGAGUGCGGAAGGUGCUUCACCGUGCAGAGUAACCUCCAAACACACCAGCGCACGCACACCGGAGAGAAACCGUACCGCUGCUCAGACUGUGGGAAGAGCUUUGCUGUGCAGUGUAAUCUCCAGACUCACCAGCGCGUUCACAGCGGAGAGAAGCCGUACUGCUGCUCGGAGUGCGGCAAGAGCUUCAGCAGACAGGACCAUCUUCAGCUGCACCAGCGCAUCCACACCGGAGAGAAGCCGUGCUUCUGCUCGUUUUGUGGGAAGAGCUUUACAAGAGAGAGUCAUCUCCAGCUCCACCAGCAUGUUCACACAGGACAGAAACCCCAUCAGUGCGCAGAGUGUGGGCGGAGCUUCAGAGACAGAGGCACUCUCAGAACACAUCAGCGCAUCCACACAGGAGAGAAACCGUAUUACUGCUCCGAAUGCGGAAAAAGCUUUACCAGAGCGGGUCACCUGGAGCUGCACCAGCGCAUCCACACAGGAGAUAAACCCUAUUACUGCUCUGACUGUGGGCGGAGUUUCAGACACUCAAACACUCUGAAGACACACAAAUGUGUAACGAGGGACGAGAAAACUCACGAGACACUUGAGAUUUUAACUGAUGAUGAUGAUGAUGAUGAUGAUAAUGAAACCAGGAUGACAGAAUAUGUCUGUUAAUCAUACUUAUACAGCAGUUUGACACAAUCUAUUUGGUCGAGAAACGUUCUAGCAGUGUUAUUUAUGAUAACAGCACUUUUUUAACAACAGCAUCUUUCCACUGAACACGGUCACUAAGUAACGACUGCUUUGUAGCAAACUGUCAGUCCGUUUCUACUUUAGAACAAAAGCAGAAAAUGCUGAACAUCCGACUUUCUCCUCUCGAUUUCUCAGCGUAUAAACGUCCAAAAAUAACCAACUCUGCAUUUUCUCACUCCUGAGAAAACAGUGAACAAAGUACAGCCGAAAUGUUUUAAAAAUGUCCUAAACGUCAUGUUUAAGAAACGCAGAUCGCUUUAGUCAUUAAGGAGCAUCUAAACGGUGCACGUAUUUCUCUCAUUUAGCUCAAAUAAACAGCACAUGUUUUUUUCUCGUGUGUUUAUCUGGAGAAACCACAUCAAAUCACUGUGACCUCCACUUACUGGGUUUUAUAUUCUGCUUAACAGAAAUUCCUCUUUUUACCAAGAGUGAUUCGAUGUUUUUAUCCAAACAUAUUUGGUCAUAGUUUGUUGUCUGUCUUUCAGGAAAAGAUAAUUUUUUGGACGUUUUAUUUCAUGAGAGAUUCUUUACUUUAUUCUUUAUUUUGCAGAUUUGUUGUAUAAAGCACUAAAACACUGAAGUCAUUGUUUAUUUAUGUAGCGCUUUUUACAGCAGCCGUUUUCACAAAGCAGUUUUACUGAAGUUCCGGGUCCGAGAUCCCAUGAGCCUCACCAAGAAAACCCAGGAACCACUGAUAGGAGCCAAGACUCAGAGGGGGAACCCAUCCUCCUCUGUUCCCCACCGGACAGCAAACAGUAACACAAGAGCAGCAUACGGUGAUCAGCACAGAGAAAAGGAGGCGGUGUUACGGUGUUUCACGGCUGUGAUGAUCUGAACUGACCUUUAGCUUCACCUGCGACCCAAACAUACCAAAACACAGAGCGCGACGAUCUGCUGAUUAAAUGUUUUCUAGACAGAACAUUGAUGACCUCAUCAGGAGCUCCAGUUCAGCCUUAUUUAGAUUGUGUUUGUUGCUCGUAGUAUGAUCAUAUAUACACGUACAUUAAAACAUUAUUAUUAUUAUUAUUAUUAUUAUUUAAAAAGCUUUGGACUCUGAGUUUUUAAUCAGAACUUACUGAAUCACUAUUUUGAAAUUCUUGGAUGGACGAAAGUUCUGGAUGAAGCAGUUUUGAUAAAGUUGUGCAGAUAAGAUUCUCAUCAUUAUCUUAAAUUCUUACAUUCAGGCUUUUUGCUUUUAACAGUAGAGGUUGAAAUUUGAGGAACCGACUGUCGGGAUGUUUUAGAGACGCAGUUAGGAAACAGUUUGAUGAUCAUUUUUAAAAUGUCUUUUAAAUAUUAUGCAAUUUUUAUUGGUUUCUUUUCACUGUUGACUGUAUUAACACUGACGGUGAUUUUUAUAUCGCGUCAUGUUUGCUGCGUUAAAUCUGCUGCCUUUGGUUUCAUUUUUCUAUCUUGGGAACCACAAUGGAAACAAUAAGCUUUUAUGUUUAUCCUCUAUUUUUGCUUUUUAUAUUAUGUUUAUAUUAUGUUUUAUAUUAUUGCA